AUGUCAUCUGAUUCAGGACCCUUUGUCAUGCCCAAUCUUCCAGGGGAGAUCAAGAUGACAGGAGCCCAAGUGCCUUAUUUUCUGAAGGAGAAUAUUGAUAAUGACUUGACACAAUUAAUGAAACGUGCUCAGGAAUCUGAGGUGAGGAGCUAUGGGAUUGUUGUCAAUAGUUUCUAUGAGCUCGAACCUGUUUAUGCACAUUAUUACACAAGGGUCUUGGGGAGGAAGGCAUGGCAUAUUGGUCCUCUUUCUCCGUGCAACAGGGACAAUGAGGAAAAAUCAUAA